AUGGAGAAGUACUCCCAGUUCCGGGAUCGAGGUGCGUUCUCUUGCAACUACGGUGUUUAUGAAUCCAGUGCUCGAGAGGCUCUGACAAUAUACAGCUUCGGGAAUCGCUCCGUUCCUACCUAUCGUGGGACAGACACCGACGAUAUCAGUUUUAUUUCAUACCUUUCUAUUGAAGGGGUUAAGAAAGGCCCCAUUGACGUUGUCUACCUGGCGGCUAUAUUCAAUCCAGUGUUUACCACCUCUUACCCCGGGACACGGAAAGUGAAGCAGGUUUCGCUUCUGCAAGCUAUUAUUCAUGCUUUUGACUCGCCAGAGCCAACGCCACCCCAUUCGUCCAAAGCGGAUCUAACCGAUAUAUCGACGCUUAUUAAACGGAAUCCAGACCGCUGUAUCGUCGUCUUCCCUGAAUGCACUACCACCAACGGCAAGGGAAUUCUUGAGCUCAGCCCUUCUCUAUGUUCAGCGUCACCAUCUACCAAGAUAUUCCCUAUCAAUCUUCGCUAUGAGCCGGCCGACGUUACGACACCGAUCCCGGGAUCCUAUGCGCGGUUUGUUUGGAACCUGCUGAGCAAACCAAGUCAUUUUAUUCGGGUGCGUAUUGCCGAAAGUGUCAGCCAAGAAAGCGCUGCAAACAUGCCAGCCCAGAACAAGCAAGACGGGUCCGAUGCAACCUUGAAUCCUGAACAGCAGAAAAUGAUGUUCUUGGUCGGAGAUUCGCUUGCCCGGCUGGGACGGGUGAAGAGGGUUGGGCUGGGGGUUAGACAAAAGCAGGAGUUCGUCAGAAUGUGGGAUAAAACUAGAAAGUGA